AUGGCAUCCUUUGCCAUGGCAUUUCCGUCAAAGAAAGAGGACGAAAGCGGUCUGAGCUCUUACUAUAACAACAAAACCACCAUCAUCCAAGAAGCUCGCGUCUUCAAUGAUUCUCCAAUUAGUCCACGAAAAUGCAGGGCGCUCAUCACUCGCAUCGUCUAUCUUCUCUAUGUCGGAGAGACUUUUGGACCCCAGGAAGCUACCACCUUAUUCUUUGGGACAACAAAACUGUUCCAGCAUAAAGAUAGCGCGUUGCGGCAAGCGGUGUAUCUGGCCAUCAAGGAGCUUGCUACUACUGCUGAAGAUGUAAUAAUGGUUACAAGCAGCAUAAUGAAGGACAUGCAGCCCAACUCUGAAGUUAUCUACCGGCCCAAUGCGAUCAGAGCACUAUGUCGUAUCAUUGACCCCUCAAUGGCUCAGGGCGUAGAACGGUUCUUCAAGGCGGCCAUAGUCGACCGCAACCCCGCAAUUGCCUCCGCCGCUCUCGUCUCAGCAUACCAUCUUUUCCCUCACGCUAAAGACGUCGUCAAGCGUUGGGUUAACGAAGCGCAAGAAGCCGUCAACGCCAAGUCGUCUUCGACCUUCUUCGGUUCGAGCUCUGGGGGUGGGUAUCUUGGCUUUGGCGGCUCAUCCAGCCAACCCAACGGACCCCAGGCAAUUGCCUCCUCGAGCUAUAUCGCGCAGUAUCAUGGUUUAGGUCUUCUCUAUCUUAUCCGCCAGCAGGACAGAAUGGCAGUGACAAAGAUGAUUCAACAACUUGGCGGAGGCAAGUCAGGUGCUGGCACCACAUUGAAGAACCCGAUGGCCUUGUGCAUGCUCAUUCGAUACGCCGCCAAAGUUAUGGAGGAAGACCCCAAUGUUCAAAGACAAAUGGUAGAAUUGCUAGAGGGCUGGUUACGUCACAAGAGCGAUAUGGUCAACUUUGAGGCAGCGCGGGUCAUCUGCGAAAUGAAAAAUGCUACACCGGCUCAGUUAACAAAAUCAAUAGCUGCUCUUCUUGUCAUCGCCAAAGCCUGUUUUGAAAUUUGCUGCCACUCGCACACUGGCUGCUCUUGCUCUCACGCACCCAAGCAGUGUGGCCACAUGCAAUGUCGAUCUCGAAAGCCUCAUCGCAGACCCCAAUCGCAGCGUGGCGACAUACGCCAUCACCACACUUCUAAAGGUCGGACCGGAAAUGAAGCUUCGGUUGAUCGUCUCAUCAAGCAAAUUACCGGUUUUAUGACGGAAAUCAGCGACGAAUUCAAAGUUAUCAUCGUUGAUGCCAUCCGCUCCCUGUGUCUCAAAUUUCCCACAAAGCAUGUUUCCAUGCUCAGUUUCCUAUCUGGAGUUUUACGAGACGAAGGUGGCUAUGACUUCAAGCGUGCUGUCGUCGAGGCUAUGUUCGACAUGAUCAAGUUUAUCGGCGAAUGCAAAGAGCAAGCUCUCUCUCAUCUUUGCGAGUUCAUUGAAGACUGCGAAUUCACGAAACUUUCUGUCCGAAUCCUUCAUUUGCUUGGCGUGGAGGGUCCAAAAUCACCACAACCAGCGAAAUACAUUCGCUUCAUCUACAACCGCGUGGUCUUAGAGAAUGCAACCGUUAGAGCAGCGGCAGUGACGAGCUUGGCCAAGUUUGGUGUUAAUUCCCCUGAAGCUAGCUUGAAGCGCAGCAUCACUGUGCUACUCAAUCGGUGUCUUGAUGAUGUUGACGAUGAAGUUCGCGACCGUGCUGCCUUCUUUCUGAAGGUUUUCAAGGAGAAACCCCUCGCAGACACAUACGUCAAAGAAGAGUCGGUAUUCUCAUUAGCUGCGCUGGAAGCCAAAUUGGUAGCAUAUGUUAAGGAUCCGUCAUCAGCUGGUCAAGCCUUAGACGUCUCUUCAGUGCAGAAGAUCAGUCGGGCACAAGCUGCCCAAGAAGCUGCUCGACCAAGUUCGCUCGAUACCAUAGGUGUUCCAGCACCAAAUAAGGCAGUCGAUGCACCUGUGGCCCCGUCAGCGGCAGAGAAACAAUCAGCAUAUCUCCAACAGCUUUCCGAAGUUCCAGAAUUUGGAUCCUACGGCCCUGUGAUUAACAGCAGUUUAACACCUGCCCAGCUGACCGAGAACGAAACGGAGUAUCAAGUUACAUGUGUCAAGCAUGUCUUCAAAGAGCAUAUCGUGUUCCAGUACAACGUAUCCAACACUCUACCAGAUACCGUGCUGGAGCAGGUUUCCGUCAUUAUGCAACCCCAAUCCGACGACAACGCGCUGAGUGAAGACUUCAUCAUCCCGUUGCCUGCCCUCACCGCUGCCAAUUCGCCUGGCACCAUCUACGUCUCCUUCACACGCAAUUCUCCAGAUCAGUUCGCAUUAGGGUCCUUCCAAUGCACACUCAAGUUCAUCAGCAAAGAACUUGACCCUGCCACAGGAGAGCCCGAGGAAGAAGGCUACGAAGAUGAGUACCAGCUCGAGGAAGUCGAAUUAAGUGCCGGAGGAGAUUAUAUUAUCCCAAGUUACUCAACCUUCGGUGCCGAGUGGGAUAGGCUGCGUUCUGCUCCGAGUGCUACGGAAACCUUCGCGUUGUCAGCGAUGGAAAGUCUCAAAGCGGCGUGCGACUCCAUUAUCGAAGUUCUCAAUAUGGAACCACUUGGUGGCAGUGAAGUACCCUCAUCAACGUCAGUGCACACCCUACAGCUAUCUGGACUCGUAACGGGCGGUGGCGGAAAGGUGCUCGUGCGCUGUCGGAUGACGUUCUCGCGGGGCCAGGGCGUGACUCUGGAGCUUGGUGUCCGAGCUGAAAAGCAGGAAGUAUGCAACCUUGUGCUCACGGCUGUUGGUGGUUAAGGUUGUGUUUUCUGUAGGGUACAUAGUAGUUUUUUCUGGCCUAAUACCAUCCUGGAUUUGAACACGG